AUGGAUCCUAAUCAUUUUCAUUAUCAACAAGCUAUGUUCAAUUACAUGUCAAAUUAUCAAAAUCCUAAUCCUCAAAAUUCUCAAUUUCCAUCUGUGCCAACAAACCCCGCCAUAUUUUUUUCCGGAAACACCGAUUGGGUUUAUGUCCGGAUGUCAAGUUCCACCAGUUUCUACUCAAGUUGUGGGACAUCGGAGAAUGAUAUCAUGGUUGCUGCACAUGCUUUUUUUGCUCAGGAUGAAGGUACAACAUUCAAUCUUGAGUAUGUAUGGCGAUUGUUAAAAGAUGAACCUAAAUGGAUGGGAGAAUCGAUUGGAAAUUCUUCAAAAAUUACAAAGAGCUCUGCUAGUGGGGCAUCAUCGGAUAACCCAAAUACACCUUCAAGUUAUGAGUUUAACUCAUCAUCACCAAUGGAGCGUCCAAUGGGACAAAAAGCAGCAAAAAGGAAGGGUAAGGCAAAGGAAAUUCCAAAUGCAAUGCAAGAUGCAAGGAUUAAAAGAGCAGCAUCAAUGGAAAGACUAGCUCAAUGUAAGGAGGACGAGCUAGAACUAAAGGCAAUGAAUAUCAUCAUGAAAGACACUUCUACUAUGAAUGAUAAUCAACGAGAUAUUCAUGAAAAAUAUUGUAAUAAGAUGAAAAAAAAAUAUGGAAUGUAG